AUCUGGCAUUUGCUGAUUUGCAUUCUGCACUUUCAGUGACUUUUUUAUUUUGAUUCCUUCUUUUAGUCUGUCAAUUUUGCCACUGAAAUCUUGUCGCACGAAUGAUUAAACUGACUAUUGUUAUCUAUGAGAGCAGUCACUAGAACUCUUUCGUAACCGAACCUCUGUUGAGUCCGAAAUAUCCGCGAACUGCAGGCUGCAGCGUUGAGCCCACUCAUCUCCCUCACGUUCUCGUCACCAUGUACAACGGAAUUGGUCUGCAGACGGCCCGUGGUUCAGGCACCAACGGGUACGUCGUCCGCAAUCUCUCCCUCGUGCGCAAUCGCCGUGAGAAAGUCAACUACAAAACCGAGGCCGAUCUGGCCAAAUCGGAGAUCCGUGAUCGGGAGCCCAAUCUGGAGAUCCUGGAGCAUGAGCGUAAACGCAAAAUUGAGCUGGAGUUGCUGGAACUGCGGGAGAUGUUGGAGACCAACAGCACCGAUCCCGCGUUGAUCGAGGAGAAUAUCCGCGCCUACCGCGCCACCCUCCUGGCAGAAAUGAAGUCUACGACGGAGGUGGACCCGGAGACGGGACGGGUGGUGGUGGCCGGGACGCAUCAGAUGGCGGCGGCCAAUCUGACGCGCAAUCAGAAGCUGCGCGAUGCGUUCGGGAUUUCCGAUAAGUUUAAGGACGGCACGUCGCUGGACGCCAAGGAGACGGUGGGGAAGAAGAAAUAUGCGCUGAUUAAGGAUCCCGAUGAUGAUUUCCCCAAGGUUAAGAAGGAAGGGAAGAAGAGACGGGAGGAACGCGAAGAGGAGGAGCCCCGCGGUAAACGCAAGAAAGAUGAGAGUGAACGACGUGAUGAAAAGAAAAAAGCCAAAGAGGAUGAGGAGAAAAGUAGAGGAAGGGAUAUUAGUCGGCAGAAUUCGCGGAAAGAGGAGAAACGGGAGAAAUAUCAACAGCAGUCAUCUAGAGACGAAAGGAAACGCGAAGAGAAAUCAUUUUCUCCAUCUCCGCGCAAAGAUCGCCGUUCUCCUAACCGAGACAUUCCAUUGAAGGAUUCAUCCGUGUAUAGAGCCCGUGAUGGCGACGCCAAAUCACGCCGUUCUCCUGGACGCGAAACGAAAGGCCGCCGUUCCCCCGACCGGGAUAUGAAAUCGCGUCGAUCUUCUGAUCGCGAAAUGGGCCGACGUUCUCCAGAUCGAAGCGCAAAAUUUCGUCACUCACCCGAUCGCGAUGCGAAAUUACAUGGCUCUCCAGUCCGCGAAACCAGGGGCCGUCGCUCACCUGAACCGGACAUUAAAUCGCGUCGUUCUCCUGAUCCCGAAAUGGCACGGCGGUCGCCUGUUCAUGGUACGAAAUUCCGUCGUUCUCCCGAUCGCGAAGCGGAAUCACGUAGAUCUCUAGUUCGCGAAGCCAGAGGUCGUCGCUCCCCUGAACGGGAUAUGAAAUCACGUCGCUCUUCUGAUCGCGAAAUGGCGCGACGGUCUCCUGAUCGCAGUGCAAAGUUUCGUCGUUCCCCCGACCGCGAGGAGAAAUCGCGUGGAUCUCCGGUCCGGGAAACCAGAGGCCAUCGUUCCCCCGGUCGGGAUAUUCAGUCGCGUCGCUCCCCGGAUCGCGACACCAAGACUCGCCGUUCCCCUGAGCGCCCACCCCGCACUCACCGAUCGACCGAACGGGACGUGAAGCCGCGCCGUUCACCCGAUCCCCCCGCGAAAUCCCGUCGAUCGCCGUCCAGCAGUUCCUCCUCGUCGUCAUCUUCCAGUGAUUCCAGUGACUCAUCUCCAUCACCGCCGCGAAACAAGCAAACUGUCCGGCGCAGUCCUGUACCGCGUAAAGCCAACCCUUCUCCACCGCCACAACGCCGACGCAGGGAGUCUUCCUCACCCGGCACACCCAAUCCGUCACAAUGGAAGCCGGAGCGCCGUUCUUCACUGUCUAAUCGACGCAGCUUGCCACGCGAUGCCAAUGGGAAAGUCGUUCAGGAGAAGAAGUCGCCGGUCCGGCGGAGACGGUCGCCCACACCGGAGAGACGCCGGGAUCGACGGGAUGAUCGACGAAGUCGAUCACCGGAACGGCGGCGGAGGGAGCGGUCGUACAGUUGAGCGAAUUGCAGUAUGCAGUAUCUGUUGUAUUUGUGGGUGGCGUUAUAUUGGGCUGUUUUCAAGCAUUACGGAUAAAUUGACUGUCAAGGAAAUUGCAUUAUAUUUUAAUAAUCGUAUCACAACGAUGCUUUCAUUUGUUUAUAUCCCGCUUUUGUUCGCGUGGAACUGUAUUUCCAGUUUGUGUUGUCCGAGGUGUGUUUCAGACUUUCAGUUAUAAUUGAAGGAGGAAUUUGCAAGAAUAUGAAGCGUUUGUGUUGUUUUAAAAAUCAUGUCUUAACUACUCCGUGGAAAAACGGUAAAUUUACUGGCUGAGAUAAUUAAAUCACUUGGUUUUC